GUUGGUCUAUGCGCUAAUGGACGGGAAGUGUAUGGAUUUAUACCGGAAGGUGUUCCAGGCAUUAUACGAUUCAUUAGCAAAACUGUGUGAAGACGGUCAAGACCCAUCGGAACCGGCUUAUAUGCUUAUCGAUUUUGAACAAGCGGCAUGGACAGCCUUCAGGAGAAUCUUUCGCAAAACAACUGUUCAAGGUUGCCUUUUCCAUUUUGGUCAAAAUGUGUGCAAGCGUAUCUUGAAGUACGGAUUUAGCGAACGAUACAUUUCCGAUCUGCAGUUCAACACGCAGUGCAAAAUGUUGUUGGCAUUGGCAUUUGUUCCUGUGGACGACGUGGUAAAAGUUUACGAAACUUUCAUCCAGCAUCCGGAAUGCGUUCUUGAAAAGGACAGCAAAUUAAUCAUGUAUUUCGAGAGGGUUUACAUCGGUCAGACAUUGGAGCAGAAUUUACAAGAAGGUCGUAUUGGCAAGUUGAAAAAAGGUGAAAAACCGGAGCCACAGAGACGGAAGUUCAAAGAACUGACUGAGCGGUUGAUGUCGGUUGCCGUUAUGUACAACGAUAUGGAUCCAUUGGAGUAUUUGGAAAACAUCAGCAGGAACUUGGAGAUGUCUUGGAAAGAUGAUGAGGACGAAUCGGAUUCGGAUGUUUCGGAAGAUAAGCGUUGUGGGAAAGCAUGCUGUAUGGGUAAUGUGGAUUUUGCAUUGUAA